UGUCAUUUCCUAAAAUUACCUCCUGCAACAGCUGAGCCCCAGCACUCUCUUUCUCUACGCUUCUCUCUUCUCUUCUUUCUCUAUCGCACUCUCUUGUCGCUUUUGUUCAUGCGAACAUGACGCGGUUUAGUUACGCGGAAUAUCUCUCGUUGUUCCGUUCCAGUGGAGUGAAGACUCGGGAACACGGGUUUGACAGCGGCGCACGGUGCGAGGACCCGGGUGACGUCACGGCGGCCCCAUCACAGGAGCCAAUAAUGCUGGCAAUAAGAAGAGGUGAUGUGCAGACAGUAACUCAAGUAGCAACAUCCACAUCAUGCAUUGAAACGCACAAUGCAGAGGAAGAUUGGACAGCCCUACAUGAAGCAGCUUAUUAUGGACAAGCUGCCUGUGUAAAAGCUCUACUUAAAGUUAAACCCACUUCAGUAGAUAAGCGCACUCUCCAGGAGCAGACUGCUCUUCUAAUUGCAACUGAUGGGAAACACCUGGAGUGUGUGAAGUGUCUUCUGGAGGCAGGUGCAGACCCUGAUAUCAGCAAUAAAAACAAAGAGACACCGCUUUAUAAAGCUUGUGAAAAGGAGAGCAUUGACAUAGUGAGGCUCAUUCUGGCAUUUGGAGGUUCUGUAAACCAGCGCUGCCAUCGUGGCUGGACCGCUCUCCAUGAAGCAGUAAGACGGGGAAACACACAGCUCUGUGAGAUUCUCCUUCAGGCCAGAGCUGCCAUUGAUGCCACCAGUGCUUAUGGUAUCACUCCACUCAUAGAGGCCGCUCGGCAUGGCAGAACAAAGAUUGUGAACUACCUCAUUAGUAAAGGUGCUAGUGUGAACCUACAGUCAUGUGAAGGGUCUACAGCACUCAGCGAAGCUUGUAAACAUGGUCAUAGAGAUACAGUAGGCAUUUUGCUGAAACACCACGCAGAUGCCAACAAAGACUGCAAAUCUGGACUUCUGCCUUUGCACAUUGCUGCCCAGUAUGGCCAUGAAGAAAUUGUGUCCUUACUGCUGCCUGUCACUAGUCGUGCAAGGAUACGACAAAGUGGCAUCACUCCCCUUCAUGUGGCAGCUGAGUUCAACCAGAAAAAUGUUGUCAAUUUCUUAAUCAAGUCAGGCUGUGAUGUGAAUGCAAGGCUGUCUCAUGAACGCUCAUCCAUGUUUCAUGACCACCGCAGCACAGCUCUGUACUGUGCUGUCAUAGCUGGAAAUCAAGGAGUUGUGGACUUGUUGCUCAAGGCUGGUGCAAACCCAAACCUGGACCCCCUCAGCCCAUUGCUAGUCGCACUACGCCAGGGCUGUUUUAGGACUAUAUCCACCCUGGUAGAACAUGGAGCAGAUGUUAAUGCUCAUGUACCAGCUUUUCCCACUGAUUUUCCAGGUGUGCUAUUGUAUUGCCACAACAUGGGAAUUUUACAAUAUCUGUUAGACAAUGGAUGUCAGGCACAGGAAUGUUUCAGGUGUGACCAUAUAGACAGCAGACAAUCUGCUAACCAAGACAGAACAGAGGACACAAACCAGAGGACUCACUCAGUCACAGGAACUGCAUUUCCAUUACAAACAACCUGCACAGAAACAACAACAAGAAAUCUACAGUUUUGUGAUUGGCUUUCCUCUGUGAGUCAUUUGGCAGCACCUCUGAUCAGCUUGCUGCUGGAUUAUGUUGGAAAUGUCCAACUAUGUUGCGGAGUCAUUAAACAAUUAAAACAUAAAAACGAGUGGGUUGACAUUAAGGAAAAAGCAACAUCUCCUCGUCCCCUGAUGCAUCUGUGCAGACUGAAGGUUCGUGAGCAAGUUGGUGCCAAGAGGCUGACAUCUCUAAAAAUUCUUCCACUACCCGGAAGACUCAUCCACCAUCUGUGCUGUUUACAGGACAGCACUACAGAUUAUACAGUCCUAAACGAUGGGUCAACUCACACAUAAGUUGCAAGUUAUUUGUGAUUACUAUUCUACCUUUUACAGACCAUUUGCAUCAUUUGUGCUUUUUUGUUACGCACAUAAUUUAUAAAUACUAUUUAUAAAAAGAGAUAAGAAAUCACAUUUUAGGUAUAUCUAAUUUAUGAUGAAUACUUUUGUAUGUAUACAAUUUAAAUUGACCAUUAUUCACAAUAUAGCCAAAGAGAUGAUUAUCUACAUGCUAGUAAUUUUAUUUACUACACUGGAACACAGAGACUAAAUAAGCUUCAAGUGUGUUGUGACUAAAAAAAACAUUUACACAUUAUGUAAAGUCUCUUCACUGAAAAUUAUUAAAAAAAUUUAUCACAGGUGUGUUUUAGGGUUAGUAAUCUCCACCAUAUCAUGGAAUAUAAGUCAAAAUCAAAGAUGUGCAUUGUUAGUGAAGUGCAUUAUUUAUACAGGUGAAACAUGUAGAAACCUGCUUGUACUGAAAUAUUUAUGUAAACUUACUUGUUUGGAAGUUCACUUGAUGUAUUGUUUAGACAAGUAUUUGUGUAUUAUCGAUGAAUCAGUAGGCAUGUAUAUAAUGUAAGAUGCUGGAGGAGGAUGCACAUGAGGUCAAAUAAUGAACUGUGAAAAAGACCACGUUGGUAUUAAAU